CAUGCACACACCCGAUAGACACCAAUCCACAGCUUUGGCUUUCCUCUGAAUCCCAUCCAAUCCUUCUGCCACGAUCCAGCAAACUUCAACUUCUCAGGAUCUCACUUCUCACUAGUUGCUUAGUUAGUCCUCCCAUCACAGAUUCACCGUUCGUCCGUCCAUGACCAAGCACCAGAGAGCAGCAGCGGACCAGGCCGUGUCCCUCUCCCUCUCGCUCUCCCUCGGCGCCGUCGCCGGCCUCAACAAGAAGAUGCGCCGCGCCGCCGCCGCAGCCGGUGGGGAUCAGUUCCUGUGCAAGACGUGCGGCCGCUCGUUCCCGUCGUUCCAGGCGCUCGGCGGCCACCGGACCAGCCACCUGCGGGACCGCCACGGGCUCACGCUCGCCCUCACCGCCGGCGAUCACUACUACUCCGUCAAGCCCAAGAGUACGGAUCAGAAGCCUGAGCACCGGUGCCACAUCUGCGGCCAAGGGUUCGAGAUGGGGCAGGCGCUUGGCGGCCACAUGCGCCGGCACCGUGAGGAGGCGGCGCCCGUCCUGCUCGAGCUGUUUGUCUAGCCUGAUUUCAGUAGUUCUAGAGCAGAGUUAAGUUCCCGGUAUGCGUAUGCGUGCGCACUCGUAGUCGUAGUAGAAUUGGUUCAUUCCUUCUUAUACGUGUACAUAUAGAAUUGCAGCUUCUUCGGAGAUUAUAUACAUGGAUUCGUUCGUUUAUGUUAUUUCAAAAUGAA